UGCACACAAACACUAGUGGGAUGAAUGCUGCUGUCGCUGCUGAAAAACCAUAAUUAACGUCAAUCGCGCGACGGCAGAGUGUAUCAACAACACACGCUGAAGCGUUUUGGUCAAUAAAGUUGAAAUCUAUGGAAAAACUUUAGGAAAAAGGCACAUUAUGUUUUUUUAAAUUUCAAACAGUGUGAAUUAAUAUAUAAAAGUACAAAAAUGUAUGCAAAUCGAGUUGGUUAACCCAUUGCUAUUGGCAAAAGUGAAAUCUUAGGUCUAGAUAGUUUUCCUAACAGCGAAAAAAAAAACGACGACGAUACAAAGAGAGCCUUACUUGGAUUAAAACCUUGCAACAGCAAGUUAGCAAAUGAAAUUGCAAAAGUGGAACUGUUAAUCGCAACAUACUGUACAUCAUCAAAUUGACAGUAUUCGCCAACAGUAGUAGCUUCAACCUACUAUAUGUUGUGGCCAAGUGUAGUACGAACCAAUUAAAUUAUAAAUCAGCAAAUAAAUACACAUUUAUUUUGCAAGACAAAAAAUGAUGGACAUGGAAGCACAUCAUCAAGAAAGUACGUAUGAGCCGUUGGAAGGGCACCGACCACCACCACGUAAUCGGCUCGAAUCAACAGACAGUCCUGAUGUUGAAACAUCUCCGCCACAAGAUCGGAACGGAAUUUUGUACAUUGCCCUCAUCGCGGCUGGCAUCGGUUUCGUAUUACCUUAUAACAGUUUUAUCAUGGCAUCCGAUUACUGGCAAGAAAGAUUUCCCGGCCACUCCGUAGCGUUGGACAUGUCGAUGACAUACAUAAUCGUUGCUUUUGCAACAGUACUGUUAAAUAACCUGUUUCUGUCAUUUUUUUCCUUCAAAGUGCGCAUUAUUUUCGGCUAUGCAGUUUCACUGAGCACGCUGGUAUUUGUUGCUUUGUGUGAAGUGGCCUUUCACAUGUUCAGUGCUCAAACCGCCUACUCCGUGAAUUUGGUUGCUGUUUCUCUGACAGCCAUUGGAUGCACAAUUCAACAGUCCAGUUUCUAUGGAUUUGCAAGCAUGUUUCCCAAGAAGUACACACAGGCGGUAAUGGCCGGAGAGAGUUUGGCUGGUCUUUUGGUCGCUUCCACACGCAUUUCAAUCAAACUAGUCAUAUCUAGCGAUGAAGUUUCCACAGUCGUUUUCUUCUUGACAUCCACCAUCUACAUUGCAUUCAGCUAUGUACUUCACUCUACCACAAUUCAUUCACCAUUUGUUCGCUACCAUAUGAAAGCAUGCUGCUCGUCGAAAAUUAUUCUUCGACCCGAUGAAGACCGAGUUUUGUCUGAUCUAAUGGAAGACUCAUCGGCACUGAACUCCAAGUACAAUGCUUUUUCGAAGAAGCCAAAUCACCACAGCGGUCGCCAACAUUACAAUCUGAAUCAGCUCGAUUUGCUGACUACCACAACAGUGAAUUCGUCGGAAUUAGGAAGUGGUAGCGGUUGUGGACGACAAACAACUGGACUGAGUUUUAGCAAUCCAGUAUAUGACGUUCAAUAUGAAUUAUCGAAUCCGAGUGCCGGAGAAAGCGCUUUGCUGGACACUUUGAAUCAUUUGCCAGAUUCGUUAACAGCAGCAAAUGCUUCAACACCACCGCCAUCGUUGGCGUUGGCGGGUAUUGUUAGUGAUCCCUUGCCAAAUGUAGCAUUCAAAGUAGAGCACGUUCUCGCGCCAAGUUGUUCAGGUGCCGGUGGCGGCAACCGUCGAUUUGGUAGUUUUCGCAGUGGCCUCGAUUCAAGAUGGAGAGUGGCACAAGCAAUAUAUCCUUAUAUGGUGUGCAUAGCACUGGCUUAUUGUGUCACAUUGUCCCUGUAUCCCGGGAUUGAAUCGGAAAUUAUUUCGUGCAAUUUGAAAACUUGGAUGCCCGUUUUAUUGAUGUUUAUGUUCAAUACAUCUGAUGUUAUUGGAAAGGUGAUGGCAUCAAUUCCAUAUGCUUGGUCAAGACGUCAAUUGAUCCUAUUAUCUACGAUGCGAAUAUCGUUGGUCCCAUUGCUUUUGUUAUGCUGUUCACCGAGGUCACAGCCCGUUAUAACAGGUGAAACGCCGGCGUUCAUUUUCACUGCAGCACUUGGAAUAACGAACGGUUUGGCGGGCUCAUUACCUAUGAUGUUUGCACCUGCAAAAGUACCAGCUACUCUUAAAGAAGCAACGGGCAACAUGAUGACACUUUCAUACAAUAUCGGCUUAACGGCGGGCUCAUUGAUUGGUUACGUAUUUGAUUCAAUGCUUGGCCCGCCGAUUAUCAAUCCAUGCCCGAAAUUUCCCUUCAUAGCCACAGAGGCUCCAGCAAAUAUAACAACAACAACAGCAGCGACAACAAUUAAAGGAAUUGUUUCCACUACUUUGAUAGGGUCGACAACGACACCCACUACGAUGCAACCAUCAACUAUGGCAACAACGACUGAGCUAUCAACAUUUGUAGCCGCAGUAGCUACCACACUAGCUUCAGUUUUAACAGGCUUAACUAAUGGAAACAAUUUAACAACUAUCGAAGAAGCAGCAGCAUCAACUAUCAGCCCUUCACCACCACCGAUAUCGUUGCCUUUAACUACGGCCAUUACAACGGCGAUUUUCAAUGUAACGGCGACGACAACGACGCCCAGUUCACUCCAUAAUUAACCAACCAAUUCAGUCAGCUUUAACUAAUAAUAGUAUAACUAUUUAUGAACAAAUGGACAAAAUUUUGAGAAGAAUUUAAGUUCUUUCAGAUGAAGCGAAUAAGAAUGAAAAAGAAAAGAUGAAUGAAAUUCAGGAUUCAUCCAGGGGGAUUACCAUUCAAACUCAAGCACACACUCAAACAAAUAUAUCUACUAGUAAUCUAAUGAGAGUCAAUGUUUUGUUAAGAUGAUUUAAUUUAUUCCGACUGUUUAAGGUUUAGUGUUUGAUUUUUAAUUGUUUUAAUUGUGAUAAUGAUUUCGAGUUUGUUCAAUUUGCGCCAAUCAGACCCGUUGGCCUGCUUUUAGUUAAAUGCGUUUUCUUAUUAUUGAAAUGGAAAAUUCGUUCUUUGUUCUGUGUUACAUUACUUUCUUUUCGGUUGAGACCAACUUACUCAACCAACACUGAUUCACAUACUGAGAUUCUGUUAUAUUCAAUAUAUUAUUAUUAACAUAGAAAUUGUAUGACCGAAGAACAACUGUUAUGAAAAAUAAUAGUUGUUUUAAAAUUGGCAUGUACUCUCCUCUAACGUGUACAACACGUAUAAAAUUUUGAGCUAAAAGACAUUUUUAAGAAUUAAAAGUGAAUAAAAAACAUUAUUAUUCAUAGAAAAA